AUGGCCACAACAAAGAGGUCGGUAGUCCCCGCAGUGCACUCUAAGACGCCUGCUAAGUUGCUAUCCAAAGCUGGUACUCGAAAGAAGGUGUUCCGCGCGACGGCAGGCCUGACGAUCGACCAGCAGCUGCAGGUGGCCUCGCAGUUGAAAGCGGAAGGUGACGAUGUCCUCAAAUCCAUUCGGCAGAUGAAGAAGGCUUCAAAGACUCAGAAGCAGGCAAUGAAGGCAAACAAGCUGAAGAAUUGUUCAAAGGAGCUGGAGUCGAUGCUUCUACGCAUGUACAACGAAGCAUCUACAGCGCACGAGUCAAAGAAACUGGAGCCUCAGGAUACGCCAAGCAAGUGCAGCGUCAGUACGCCUCGUUCUACACGCGAUGUUGACGAAGACAACAACGGUGACGAAAAAGACAAUAACUCGACUCCGUCAGAGAUAUCGGUCGUAUCUACCAGUAUAAUCUACGCCGCGGAGUUGGAAGAUUUGAUUCGAGCGGAACAGCUCAACCGAAUUGCGCUGAUAAAGCAGAUCGCCUCGGAGCGCGAGCAAAGAGCGGCACUGAAGCAGCUUCUGUCAGCUUUUUCCAAAGGACAAGGCGCCCAUCUAGAGCAAAACAAUCAAAUGCUGUCGGAAGACAUGCAGGCCAAUGUGCGUCAGCUGAUCUACGAUGCAGUGAUCGGGAGGCAAAUGGUGGAAGCGACUCUGGAGGAAGAAGUGCAGUCGUGUGAAAAGGAGUUUGAUUCUUGCUAUCGGAAAGUCUUGGAGACACUUCGGGACGAGGCAAACUCAGUGCCAGCGAGAGCCGAAAACCUCGACGCACAAGAGCAGAAGAUCACUACAGUACUCGACGCCACAGGAGGGAAUGAAUGCCCUGACGAAUUGCUGCGAAUCGAGGUGAUUGAAUCUUUUCGUAUUGCUUACGCCGAAUUCCGUCAUGAUCUAGCGCAGUAUGAGAUGGAAUUUGUCAGAGCUGCGUCUGCUGAUGAUGCUGCAGGUAGUAUUGAAGCUGCCACAUCCAAAAGCGGCGGCUGGUGUGACGCGAAUGAGGAACGAUUUCUAAAAGUUCUCCGCAGUUACGAGAAGAAGCUCGACACUGGCAAGAAGCCGCAGUUGCUGUAUGAUCAGGUCGCUUUGGUCCUACCGACUAUCUCUCUUGCGGAUAUUAAGAAGCAUGUACGCUUCCACCAGCAUCUUCGGUUUUACCAUGAUAAACGUAAGGACCGCCAGCGUGAGUUGCAGCGGAGGUUGGAAGAGUUACAGAGUGAAGCUGCUACAAAGUUUCGAGUCGCCAUCGAGCAAGAGCAGCAGAGGAUUCAGAAAUUACAGCAGUUAAGUGAAAUGCAGGAGCAGUGCGAGCAACGUCAUGACUUGGUUUCCAAGUGGCACGUUACGAAAGAAGCCAAAGAGCGGAUAGAGAGACAGCAGCGUGAAAUUGAAGAGAUGGUGGAGGCUCAGCAACAGCAAGAAGAGGCGCUUCGGCGGAAAAGAAAGCACGAUCAGCAGAAGCUCGCUGUCGACGAGUACAAGAAAGAUAAAGUUCUUCGAAAAAUGGCUGAUGAAAAGUUAUCGAUCGAGGAGGAGCAGCAACGUGAAGCAGAACGAGCACUUCAAAGCGUUGUCAACGCUGAGCGGGUCCAGUAUCGUCAAACUGAACUCCAGCGCAAACUUGAGGAUAUGAAACUCGAAGAGCUUCAUAAGGCCCAGCUCGAAGAGCAGCGGUUAGCGAAAUUGAGCGAGCUGAAGGAGAAGACGCCGUACGCCCAAAUCAUCGCGAACAUAACGCCGGAUCCAGAACGCACCCGACAAGAGACUGCAGCUUUUCGUGCGAAUGUUGAAGCUGCUCAAGAGGGUUUGCCACUCACCGAAACGGGACUAUUUCCCAGUCAUGGCUACGACUGCGAGACGCUCUUCAAGAAUGCACGAUUCAAGCUGGGGAUUGCUCUGCGGAAUGCUGGGUUGAAUUCCAGCGAAUACGCUCGGCAAGCGCUUGCAAACGUCAAGGUUUGCAACGUAGGAGCCUAUCGAAACCACGUAGCAGAGUCCACAAAACUGUGGUAA